AUGUCGACAGCCCAAGCUCCAAACUCCCGCGCUUCCCUCCUUGCGGGUCUUCGUACUGGUGGCGUUCGUUCCACCUCGGCAUCGCUUCCCCAGACUGCCGGACCUACUGCCACCUCGUUCAAUGUCAACCCACGAUACGUGUCUCAGCGCCACCAGGCCGUUUUUCCAGAGGAAGAAGAGUACGCAGACCCACAUGAUUAUCAACAGAAUAUAUAUGCGAACUAUCACGGAAGCGGACUCGUGCGCAAUGUGCCUAUCACAGCUGCAGUCGAUGGCCCAGGGAACCGAUUUGCCACCCAGCAGAAUGGUUCCAUGAGUUUCAACCAAAUGCCGAUGGCUCCUUCUGUCAACCCCAAUGCGAUGUCUCAGCCUGCCUAUAUGCACCAACAAACCUUGCAAAUGCAGAUGAUGCAGUUGGAAAUGAUGAGGAUUCAAGCGGUGCAGGCACAACAGUAUCAAGCGCAGGCCGAGCUCAUUGCACAAGCCCAGCGAGCGCAACAAGUCCAGAACAGGCGGAUCAGCAUGGGCUUCAACCCUCCUGCCUCUGCUGGCCCGCUCAGCAACGGAUUUGAUUUACGCUCCGCCACAUUGAGCGCUCAACUGCGCCGCGGUAAUCAAGCGGAGCAAGUCAAAUCGCAACUUGGCCAGGAAUUGCAAAGUGGCGACGAACAAGUGCCAAUGACUGCGGCCCUCGGAGGCAGAUUCGGUAGCCGAACCGCCAGCCUUGGUGGAAAUGGUGUUCCGUCUCGCUUCAACUCAUUGGUGAACGAGUCAGACGACGAAGGCGUCCCACCGUCGACUCCCAACUCCACUACCGUUAUCAGCGGUGGCACUUCACUAGGCAAAUCGACUAUCUCGCUGGCCUCCGAUAAUGUUCCAUCGAAAUCGGAUUCUGCUGUUUCGUGGCGUCGUGCUGGAAACAACUCUGUACUUAGCGGUGCCAAUCGUUCGGUUACCUCCCCCACAGUCCAGGUAACCCCUCCCCCUGGCGAAUCUCUUCGCAUCUCCCCUCCCCCUGGUAUCUCCCCGAGCGCAUCUAUCGGAGGAAGCUCUCCCAUCAAAUCCCGGCCUCAACCUUUGCGGUUCAGCAUGCUCCGAACCGAACCCAUCGCGGUCGCGGUCGGUGACGCGGGCUCGGACGUUAAUGAUGGCGAGCAAGACAUUGACGAUGCGUCAUCCACCGGUUCAUCAGCCAAAUCGGGCGUCUCUGAUUCAUCUCCUACCACUUCACAUUCGUCUUCCUCCAGUGACUCUCCUUUGUCGCCACGUGAAGAAGCAACCAAGAAACUCUAUGAAGGUCUCGGCAUAGGCCGACCUGCUCCUUCUCCCAUCCCCGUUCCCCAAGUUAUGGUGAGCCACAGGAUGGCAAGCCAGCCAGUCAGACAGCCCCGUGGGCCGCCUUCUGGCCUGGAUGAACUUGGGCCAAAGAACUUUGCAACGAGGUUGAGGAGACAGGCCAUCGGUGGCUUGGGCAUGCUCAUGGGCGCUCGCGAACGAAGAGAAAUAGUCGAAGCCUUUUGA